UUUUUGGUCGACUUCAUAUUCGAAGAUAAACCGUUUCAUCGAUAGUGAAAAGUUGUGUCAAUUUAAUAUAGUUACAAAUAUGAAAUUUUUGAUUUUGUGUAUCGUUGCAUUAAUUGCAAUUUGCUCAGCAAGAAAACUGCAAAAUAAAAAAUGGUCAUUGCUGAGAUCGGAUAGUGGCUUUACACCUUCCGAGGAAUUGGGUGUCGCUGAGCAAUGGGGUACCCAUGAGCAAUGGGGUGCCGAUGAACAAUGGGGAAAUGAGGAAUAUUGGGAGCCUAGUGAACCCAUUUCAAAACCGCUUCAAACAUGGAAAGAACCAGUAUUUGUUGAGAAAAAAGUGCCCGUUUAUGUUCCAGUGCCAGUUGAACAUAUAAAGACGGUCGUCAAACAUCAUCCUGUUUAUAUUAAAGAGAAACCAACAAAACUUGUGAUUCGAAAAAUUACCCAUUUCAAAUUCCAUCAUUAAAUUAUUAAUUAGAUCUAGAAAAUCAUAUUCAUCUAUCAGCAUUGCAAUCAAUUUCAAAAUAUCGUUUCAAAAUGAAGAACAGUAGACCUGAAACUCCAUAAACAGUUUUUUGUUAAUUAUACACGCGUAAUUAAAUGGUUUGGGAUAAAAAGCUGAAUGGUAACCUGAAGACAUUGUGUAAAAUUGAUGUUGUAACUACAUUUGUUUAAAAAUUUACGUUGCGAUUGCACUUUUAAUGAAAUUUCAGGUCACCUCAAUCCUAACUCGUUUAAAUCUCACAAAAAAAACUUUCACUUUCGCUGAUAGAGCGACCGUCCAUUCAUCAAUUGUACCACAUAUUGGAAUUUUUGUAAGUCAAAGAAGAUGACGAGAGAUUACCAAAUAUUUUACAUAUUAUUCAUUUGAAAUAGCCUGCCAAAACUUUAGCUGUAAGGUGUCGAAAAUAAAUAAUCGAAUAAAAACAUCGAAUCAAACAA